CAAUUAUUUAUCUAUUUCAAUUUUCUUUUUACCGCAGACAUCCGUCUAUUUGCGGGGGCGGAGUAGAAUACGAUGCCGCCAGGCGGGAUGGGUGGCGGCAGGUGGACUGGUAUCAUCAACACUCCGGUACCGCCAGUAGUCUGGUUUAUCUCGAACCGAAGACAAGGCCCCUCUAUACCAGAAGUGAACAGAGAGAGAGAGAAAAAGUCGGUGAUAUUGAAAUAAUUUCGGGCCAUGGACCACGUUCGAUAGUGCAACAACGAGGAAUAAAAGUGUGCUACUCUAUAUAUACAUCUCUAUGACCGUGUGUUACUCUAUAUAUAAAUAUCUAUGACUGUGUGAAUGUAAUCUAUGGAAAACGGUAUGGUUGCCGGACCUAUUCAGUGUAAGAUGGAGGAUAAGAGUGGAUCAAUGUACCCCUCGGAUUGGUGGUGGGCUGAAAGACAGGUGUCAGAAAUAUUAGCAGAACAUCCCGGAGAGCUGAUCAAAACCGGUUCCCCUAAUGUACUGUGUACUGCACUACCCAACCAUUGGAGGUCGAACAAGACGCUACCCAUGGCCUUCAAGGUGAUCGCGCUCAGCGAUAUCGAAGACGGGACCGUGGUGAACCUCAGGGCGGGGAACGAUGAGAACUUCUGCGGUGAGCUGAGGAACAACACAGCUGUUAUGAAGAACAAUGUCGCCAAGUUUAAUGAUCUCAGGAUAAUUGGAAGAAGUGGUCGCGGCAAGAGCUUCAACCUCGUCAUAGUAAUCAGCUGUAUGCCGGCCCUGGUGGCAGUGUACUCUAAGUGUAUAAAAGUUACGGUGGAUGGACCCAGGGAGCCUAGAAGUAAGAUUAUUCCAGGACAACAGCAACAUUUCUUCGACUCCCGGCUGACCUACCACGCCUCUAGAUCAGCCGUAGGCGUGGCUAUGGGGGCGGGCUACUCCCUGUCUAACAAUUGGGGAUACAACAACUACUCCUCCUACCUGGGAUAUGGUGGGGCAGGAGUGGGCGUGUCUCCGUAUCAGAGUGCUGGACUAGGGGCGUAUACAUCUCCUGUUCUUGAUCCUCUUCUUCCUUCAAACCUUCCUAUAUCCUCUAAUACAGCCUCCCCUACAGGAGGGGAGGAAGGUGAUACUAGCCCUGAAUACCAACCCCCUGAACUACCAGAAAUGGACGUCAAACCUAUGAUGAAAGGAAAAGAUGAAUAUAGGGAAUAUAGGACUGAGGAUUACCUUCCUACCAGUAGUUCACAACAGUUCUAUUAUAACCAACAAAUGCAUGCGCUUAAUCAUUCAUAUCUACCACAACAAGAGGUGAGAUCUGGAUACAUUCCUAGGGAUAUAACAUCGGAAGAGUUCCAAGAGGGUGAAGAGGAUUCCUCCUUGGAUAUCAAGCGAGGGGAUAUAGGACACUAUGAUAACGAUAUGCUAUCACAGACCGGACCCAUCCGAGGAUAUCCAAACAGAGGAGAUGGAUUUGUUUGGCGACCUUACUAAACAAAUCAGAUUUUUAUCCAAAUUCUGAAAAAAUAGAAAACCCUAGAAACCCUUGA